UAUGUGUAAGUACACAUGUACCAGUAAGUAACUACUAUGUAAUUACAUGGUAAUUAGAGACACUUCCUGUAACGUGUUACCCAGGGGUAUGAGAGCUCGUUGUCUGAUUUUGAUGAAUUACUCAGGAAUGUGACAGUGUUCCUGUUCUGUGGGCUCCAGGUAUCCCGGUGGGCAUGGAGGAGGAGAAGGAGAAUGUGAAGUUGACAGCUCUUGAGUGGCUGGUGGAGAAUGUCUUCAUUGUCUUGGGAGUGGUGCUUCUCGUUUUCCUCUUGGUUCUGGGUUUCCUCAGCUUCUCCAUCUGCACCCUGAGAAACAAGAAGGAUUCAGCCUCACGCUUAUCUGAAGUCCUAGUCAUUAAAAAUAAAGGUGAUGACAGGGUGGCCAAAAAGUACAUUAUGGACCUCAUUGUGAAGCAGCGAGGAGCCUCCACGGCACUGGCCCAGCUUAAGAAGCAGGAUAGACCUCUAGCUCUCCCCAGACCCAUUCCAGGGGGGCAGCUGACCUCAGACAGGGUCUCAGCCUCCUCCACUGUCUACAGCGAGCCCAACUCCCGGGCUUCCUCCAGGCAAGUGGCCUCUGAUGGAGAGCAGCGAUCGACUUCCAGGGUCUGGUUCACUGAUACCGAUCUUCCCUCAAACGUGUCUCCCGAGAGCUGGGUGACUGAAACCGACCUUCCCUCAGACAUGCCUCCCAAGAGCGAGGCCACUGAAACUGACCUUCCAUCAAACGUGCCUCCCAAGAGGAGGGCGACAGAAACCGACCUUCCCUCAGACAUGCCUCCCAACAGCGAGGCCACUGAAACCGACCUUCCAUCAAACGUGCCUCCCGGGAGCUGGGCCGCUGAAACCAACCUUCCCACAGACAUGCCUCCUGAGAGCAAGGCGACUGAAACCGACUUUCCCUCAGGCAUGCCUCCUGAGAACGAGGCGACUGAAACCAACCUUCCCCCAGACAUACCUCCCAAGAGCGAGGCCACUGAAACCGAACUUCCAUCAAACGUGCCUUCCGAGAGCAGGGUGACCGAAACCAACCUUCCCUCAGAUGUGCCUCCUGAGAACGGGGUGGCUGAAACCGACCUUCCCUCAGACGUGCCUCCUGAGAACGGGGUGGCUGAAACCAACCUUCCCUCAGACGUGCCUCCUGAGAACAGGGUGGCUGAAACCAACCUUCCCUCAGACGUGCCUCCCGUGAGUGAGGUGACUGAAACCGACCUUCCCUCAGACGUGCCUCCUGAGAACGGGGUGGUUGAAGCCAACCUUCCCUCAAACGUGCCUCCCGCGAGUGAGGUGACUGAAACUGACCUUCCCUCAGACGUGCCUCCUGAGAACGGGGUGACUGAAACCAACCUUCCCUCAGACGUGCCUCUCGAGAGCGAGGCAACUGAAACCGACCUUCCCUUAUACAUGCCUCCCGAGAACUGAAACCAGGCAACUCUCAAGGGUCUCAUCGAGGAACCGUCUCACCGAACCUGCUCUCCCCUCCCCCAUCUGAGGCGGAGGCCCGCUAAUGUGAAGAGACUGCCUUUAUCAGAAGCUUCUACCCUCUGAAUAA